AUGUCUUCGGGAUUCGUGUCUGCUGGGACAGACCAAGAGCCCGUCGAGCGCGACGACGAAUGGCUCCGUGUGCAACAUGAGCUGGAGGAGGAGCGGAAGCGCAAGGCGGACCUUGGCAAUCAAGAUGGCGGGAAAAGCCUGUACGACGUUCUUCAGCAGAACAAAAUGGCCAAGCAGGAAGCCUUCGAAGAGAAGAUCAAGCUGAAGAACCAAUUUCGCUCCCUGGACGAGGAUGAAGUUGAUUUUCUGGAUUCCAUCAUGGAGUCGACACGCGCCCAGGAGGCCGCGGUGAAAAAGGAAACAACUGAACAGCUGGAAUUGUUCCGCCGACAACGAGAAGAAGCAGAGAAGGCUCUGUUAGAAGAUACGGCGGCGGAUGUUGCACCGGUAGCCGAAGGGGAGGACUGGAAAAUACCUGCCCGCAAAAGAAGGCGAGAGAAGAACAAGGAGUUACUUCUUCCCGGUAAGAAACGCAAAUCCACCAGCGAGGCAAUUGGCGAGACUUCUACUUCAGGGGAGGCAAAGGCCCCCCAAACUACGAAGAGGCCGGAAGAAGCGCCUGGGUCUGUGUCUACUCAAAAGUCUACACCCUUAGAGAAACAGAAACCCCCAGUGGAAUCAACGAGACCGAAGGAUCCCGCAAAGGGUGCUGAAUGCACUGUCUCCGCUCAGCCAGAAAAGAAACCAGAACCAGCAGCGAAGCCGCCAGCGCUGUCUCUUGGUCUCGCAGGAUAUAGUUCGGAUUCGGAUUAA